GUCGCCCUCUAGCUGUGACUAUGAAUGAAGGUCAGAUUGCAGCAGCAAAAUGGAGGAAGAGGAAGAGGAAGAGGAAGAGCAGGUACCGGGUAAAAGAUAUCGGGAGCCAUUCCACUGUUUCCAUUCACUCUCAGAUUCCGAAAUCCAAUUCAAUGGAUAUUCGACGGUGGUGGCCACUGGACACUCCCACUUCAACCACGGCGGCGACGAUAGCUCCAUUGUCUUCCCUCCCAGCAACCACGAAGGCCUCCACAUCACCUCUUCCUGCAAUCACGACGAACAACGGCGACGAGAAACCCGUGAAUCGUCCGAUUCACCGAGCGACGACAAGGGGUUGGCGCCGCCGCGGCUGGCCUCGGAUAGUACUGGGGCUGGGUUCGGCGGCGAGGUAAAGAGGUGGGUGGGUUUUGGGCUUGAGCUCCUGAGGUCUAAGGUUACGGGCAUUGCGUCUUGGGUUCGAUGUUUGUCUGCUUCUAGCGGGAAAAAUUGGUCGUCCAGAUGUGUCGUCGGCAUGGCGGCGGCGCUGUUGGUUUGGUGUGUGUAUGCGGUAGCCAGGCGGCGGAGGCGGCGUUCGCGGAUUCGGAGGGAGAGUAGGGAUCACCUGAUCCUUCUUAUCAAAGAGAAAGAUGAGAAAAUUAAUCAUCUGUUGCAUCAAAUUGCCCAGAUGAAUCAGCUACUGCUUACCCUCUAUAGAGAUUCUUCAGCUCGAACAAAGGAUUAAACAAGUAAGAAGUAGUAGCUCCCCCAGCAUUUCCUGGCGGCAAGCAUAGUGGCUUUAUGCUAUCUUUCUCAAAAUUAAUGUCCUUCCGUUUCUUGCUUCUCUAAAGCAGCAACAUGUUGCUGGUGGGUCUUUAAGCCAGCGAAAAAUCAUCUGUCAGUUGCUACUUGUAGCCUUGGUGAACAUUUAUUUGUUUACCAAAUAUGCUUUUUUUUUUCUUGCUCAAUGUGAACAAAAUAUGCUUCUUUUGCUAGGUAAUUGUACAAGCUCAAACAUCUCCAUGUAACAACUGCUUGAAUCCCAGGGCAGCUCAAACGUAGAUCCGCCCCUGCCCUGGGAAAUCCUUACUUGCUGGAAUAUCAAAAAAAGAAAAGGAAUAGUCUUUGCUUUAA